AUGGCCGAGAACCUCAGCUUCGAUCGAAAGCCAUCCGAGUCGCGUUUGUCGAUACCGACGCCAGCUCGUAUCCCUCUUGCAGGCAUGGUUGGCUUCGGCAUAGGAGCAACUCUGGGCCUGGCUCACGGCGGCCGGACUGCGCAGCUGCGUUUCCGUGCCGAGCACGCGCAUAAGAUGCCGACGACCACGACGGGCUGGUACCUCUACCACAAGAGCAAAAACUACCACGCUAUGCAGGGUGGCCUCCGCGAGGGUCUCCGCAUGGGCAGCCGACUCAGUUUCUGGACCUUGAUGGCGUUUGGUCUCGAGAGCACCGUCGACCGGUACCGCGGCAAGACCGAUCUCCUCAGCACCGUCUUGGCCAGUUUGACGGUGGCAGGCGGCUUCAGUCUCUGGACUCGUACAGCAAGGUACGGGCUACUCUUUGGACUGGUAUACGGCGGGAUGCAAGACGCCGUUGGUCUUGCCCGCGGCAGACCCAUUGGGUAUGUCGAUUUCGUCCGCCGACGCUUUGGAUCCGACAAGGCGACGAAGCUCGACCAGCCGCAGGAGGGUUAA